GGCGGAUUAAGGGGGUGCAGGUGAGGGAGGCGGUGUUGGAUGUGAAGGUGUGGUUGGUUGUUGUUAUGAUGGCUUGUAGGUACACGAUUAAUGGGGCAGUUGCGGGCUUUGGGCCGUUGAUUGUUUCGACUUUUGGGUAUACGCCGCUGGAGUCGAUACUACUUCAGUUUCCCUUGGGGACAUUGUGUUUCAUCAGCAUUCUGGUGUCUGGGUACCUGAGCACUCGGUUCAAGAACGUCAUGAUUCCGAUCCUUCUGCUCAAUACCGGACCGGUCAUCGCUGGGUGUAUAACCAUCUGGAAAUCCUCGUGGGAGCCGCCACGGCCAGUAGGUCCAGUAAUCGGCUACACGCUCAUCGGGACGUUUGGCGCCGUAGUAAGCCAAAUAAUCGUGCUGGGCAUGUCAAAUGUGGCAGGCCAAACUAAGAAGAGUAUCAUGGCGGCCGCCAUAUUCGUAGCAUACUGCGUUGGGAAUAUUGUCGGACCUCAGCUGAUCAAGAGCGAGACAAAGGCUCAGCACUACCCUGAGCUGUGGACUGGACUGAUAAUAUGCUACUGCAUUACUGUUGCUGCUACUCUCGCUCUUUGGUUCGUAAUGUGGAAGGAGAACAGAACGAGAGAUGCGCACGCACAGAGAGCUGGGCAGUCUUACAAUGAUGACGAGCGUGAUAAGCUCGCUUUUCAGGACUUGACAGACAAGCAGAACCCAUACUUUCGGUAUGUAUGGUAGGGUAGAGGUAGU